CUUACUUCUUCUUCCCAUCAGGUCGUCCGUCAACAGUUCUUCAACCUGGAGCCCAUCUACCAACAGACGCAGGCUAACGGGAACAUGUACCCGACAGCCUACCCUGGGGACUACCGGGACAGUGUGCGGCGGCGGCGGAGGAACAGCCAGUCCGCAGAGGAAGCCAGCAGCCAGAGGAUGAUGGCCAACGUUCGCGAGCGGCAACGAACGCAGAGCCUCAACGCGGCCUUCGCGUCCCUCAGAGCCAUUAUUCCCACCCUCCCUUCGGACAAGCUGAGCAAGAUACAGACCCUCAAGCUAGCCUCCAGGUACAUCGACUUCCUGUAUAGGGUACUCCACAGUCCGGAAGCAGCGGUUAAGGAGGAACCAGAAGACAUUGGUAACUUGGGAUGUUCCUACAUGGCCCAGGAGAGGCUGAGCUACGCGUUCAGCGUCUGGAGGAUGGAGGGGGAAUGGAGUAGCGGAGGUUCUCAAUCAUAGCUAACCUUACUCAACAACUUUACUUUUAACUUAUUCCGUUCCAUUAAAGUAUUCUAUAAUAUCUGUGACGAAAAUAAUGAUAGUGAAGAAUUACUUUUUUCGGUACUUGUCCAUUAGCCGGGCGGGACGGACUGCUAUCUUGCCAAUGUGUAUAACCUGAACAGUGAUAAUUCUGAUAAGGUACUGAUAAGCCUUCUCGUAAUUCCUAUCUUCGUAUUCAUAUUUAUUUUAUUAUAUUCGUAUUAUUGAAAUUGUAAACAAAAACAAAUGUAAUAAUAAAAAAAUACUUUUAUUUUAAGAUUGAAAAGAUACUUUUAUUUUAUUAUUGAAAUUGUAAACAAAAACAAAUGUAAUAAUAAAAAAAUACUUUUAUUUUACGACAUAUAUAUUAAAUUAAUGUAUGUAUAUAUGUAUAUAUAUGUAGGAAAUGUGAUAAUUCCCACAACAAUCAGAAAACACUUUAAUUUUACAUAUAUAAGGAAUAAAACAUAUAUAAUACAAACAUAUAAAACACACACACACACACACACACACACACAUAUAUAUAUAUAUAUAUAUAUAUAUAUAUAUAUAUAUAUAUAUAUAUAUAUUUCACGUUUGUAAUUAUCCCAACGUUUUGAAAAUAUUUAAUAGCCUGUUCUUCCGAAGACGGUAAUUCCCAGAAUGUAACAAGAUCCAUAAUUUGACGAAAAUAACAUAAACGGACCAAAAAUAAAGAAUUUAAUAACUGAAGUAAUAAGUUAAUAACUGAAAAAUAAACAAUAUAAUAACUGAAUGGUUUGGCGAGAUAAGAGGAGGGAGGUUAUGUGACGUAACGUUAGAUAACAAGGGAGGUUUCCUCCCGCCCGGCUAAUGGAAUAGUACCCUUUUUUGAAUGAUGUCAAUCCUCAAAAUGAUUUAGCUUAGAGGCAGUAAUGAGAUACAGUAUGAAAUUUAAAAUUUUACCCUGCACUCUCCAUAUUAUGAUUUUUUAUAUCUUUAUUAAUUUUAACUAUUUUUUCUUUCAGUAUUAGUUAUAGAGAUUUUUCUAUUAGCAGUAUGUACCUUACAUAUUGUGGUUGUGACAUUUCAAGUAUACCCUUUUUACUGAGGAAUUAUUUAAAAAAGUGUAGAUAUCCCUUAGUGAGACAUGUAUUUACUUAGCUUAAAGUAAAAUUGAAUCAAUCUUUCAAUAUUUAGGUAUUGAUAUAUAUUUUGUUUUGUAUGUAUAUAACGAAUGAGAUCGAAAAAAAAAAUUAUGACAAUAUUAAAAAAGAAUUGUUGUACACGUUACCAAAAUUUAGUACGAAUUCUAUCUUUGCCAUUCCUAGUUAUAAUUGCAUUUAUUGUAAAUAAAGGUAGUUUUAAUUGACAUAUUUAUUUUUGUAAUUUGCUGAUGUAAGGUGCUUAUGAAUUCACAGAUUGGAAAUGUUCUAAUGAGAAAUUUCCUAGAAUGUGUAUUUUUUUUAAAGUAUAAUUUAUAUAAAUAGCUUUGUUUAU